AAUCAUAUUCGGCCUAUUGCCAGGUUUGGGGGCCCUGAUUGUCCUGAGAAUGGCUAUACAUAUAUAUAGACCAGAUAUAGAGGACGCAGAACACAGAGUGAGACCAGUGGAGAAUCUUUAUGAUUGUUACGAUUUUAUUAUAGUCGGCGCAGGAUCUGCAGGAUCUGUGCUAGCUAGUCGUCUUUCCGAAAAUCCUGACUGGAAAGUUUUACUUUUAGAAGCCGGAUCAGAUGAGAAUGUCUUAUCGGAGUUGCCAGUGUUAUUUCCUACACUACAAACAUCAUCUAUAGACUGGCAAUUUGUGACAGAACCCAGUGAUUCUUAUUGCUUAAGCAUGGUUGAUAAACGGUGUAAGUGGCCUAGAGGCAAAGUGCUUGGUGGUUCGAGUGUUUUAAAUGCGAUGCUAUACAUUAGAGGUAAUAAAAAAGAUUAUGAUAAUUGGGCCAACAUGGGUAACAUUGGAUGGUCGUAUGAAGAAGUACUGCCGUAUUUUAUAAAGUCAGAAGACAUGAGGAUUCCAGAAUACCAUAAUGGCCCUUAUCACGGCGUUGGUGGACCAUUAACAAUUGAAUAUUUCAACAAUGAACAACCGAUUACUAGGGAUAUUUUGGAAGCUGGAGAACAACUCGGUUAUAAAAUACUUGAUGUUAAUGGAGCACAGCAAACAGGGUUCACCAGAUCUCAUGCAACGGUCAAAGAUGGUCUUAGGUGCAGUACAGCAAAAGGUUUCUUAAGACCUGCUGCUAAGAGAGAAAAUUUACACGUUAGCAUAUUUUCCUUGGUAGAAAAGGUGCUCAUUGAUGAAGACAAAAAAGCGUAUGGUGUGUUGUUUUCAAAACACGGACACACGCAAAUCAUUAAAGCUAGCAGAGAAGUGAUUUUAUCUGCAGGAGCGAUCCAAACACCACAGCUAUUAAUGUUAUCAGGAAUAGGCGAAGCUGAACAACUGAAAGAAGUUGGUAUAUAUCCUAUAGCAAAUCUACCUGGUGUUGGAAAGAAUCUUCAAGAUCAUGUAGCGAUGGGUGGCCAUUCCUUUUUAUUCGAUAAUCCUUACGCAAAUGGAACAGAUUAUUGUUUUAACUUACGUUCAGUGCUUUCUCUUUCAAGUCUUAUAGACUUUGCUAUAAAUAAAAACGGUUUGUUCUAUAGCAUGAUGGAAGCAGAAGCUAUGGCGUUCGUUAAUACGAAAUACCAAGAUCCCACAGAAGAUUACCCCGAUAUUCAGUUGUUCAUUGCACCAACAGCAGAUAAUAUGGACGGUGGAUUAUUUGGUAAAAGAGCUAAUGGAUUGACGGACGAGACGUAUGCGGAAUUAUAUGAAGAUAUAUUGUACGAACCAUCGUUUUCUGUGGUACCGUUGCUACUGCGGCCGAAGAGCAGAGGUUAUUUAAAGCUCAGAGAUGCGAGUCCUUAUUCUCCGCCGCGUAUAUAUCCGAAUUAUUACUCUGAUCCUCAUGAUGUGAAUGUUAUGAUCGAAGGCGCCCGUAUAGUUCAGGAGCUAGUGAACCAGCCUGCUUUGCAGCGGCUCAAUGCACGUCCUAACCCGCACCGUAACCCUGGCUGUGCGAACUACGAGCUCAUGUCAGCUGAGCACCUGGAGUGCCAGGCUAGGCACCAUUCCUUGACUAUAUACCAUCCUGUAGGGACAUGUGCUAUGGGACCUGCUGUGAAUCCUGAAGCUGUAGUAGAUCCUAGAUUGAGGGUUUACGGUGUAAGAAACUUAAGAGUUGUCGACGGCAGCAUAAUGCCAAAUAUCGUGAAUGGUAACACAAACGCACCGAUCAUCAUGAUAGCAGAGAAAGCCUCAGACAUGAUCAAGGAAGACUGGCAAGAAAUAUCUGAACCAUCGUCAUGUACACUUCAUUAUAGACAUGGGACCGGUGACGAUACCCCAACCAAAGUUGAAAUCCAUUUCAAACCUGACGUUUUUAAUGAAACAGCUGAGCUUUUUAAGUAUUUAUCUUCAGCCCGUGGUAAUGAAAAAAAGGAACAAAAAGAUGAUGAUGGCAUUUCUAGAAAAUAUGGAAUUGAAGAUGCCAGACGCAAUGAAUAUAAAAAGGUUGCUACAAAAGUAACUGUUAACAAAGCUGUUAAAGAUUAUACCCCUCAAACGCAACAGCCAUACUUCGCAAACCCAAAUUACGCGUUCCAACGUUAUCCAUCUCCUAUAUUUUACAACCCGGUAUCCAACACUAAUGUUCCAAAUUUAAACCCUACCUUUACCAAUCAAAAUCCUUAUAGCAUUCCAAAUAUAAACGUAGGUAAAGUAGCCAACCAGCUCCCGUAUCCCUUUACUAAAUUCAAUCAGAAACCUUAUAAAAAUCAAUGGGCCAAUCAAAUGUCUUUCGAUUAUGAAACAACCAAUCAGGAAGAACCUGUGUAUUAUGAAACUAAAGAAGUUUUAACGCCUGAAGGUAGAAAAUGUAAAGUUUGGCUUUAUUACGACGGUACGAAGUACGAAGUAAUUGUUUAAUGUUUUAUAUUUCCUUUAUUGAAUAUUUGCAGUAUUUAUCCCAGUGUUUAUUACUAGAUGUAAGAGUAGUUAAUUGUUGUUGUGUUUAUAAAAUCAAAUCUUUGCCUAUAUAAUUGAUGAAAGAAUGGAAAUUUGUCUUCUGUGCUAUGAAUCUAAAUAUAUAUAAAAUCUUAUAAUAAUACAAU